CACUCUCGCACCUGUUCCAUUCACAAAUUUCUCUUUCAAUUCUCCUCUCUCCCCCUCUUAUCUCCCUCUCUCUAUAACCCACCAAGAACUCACAGAUCAUCAGUCUCUGCUCCUUCACUCAUCUGAGAGGCUGAGAUCUCAUCAUUCUCAGCUAUGGCGGAGAAGGUCACGAAAAUGUUGAUAAAGGUGGACCUUCAGUGCUCGAAAUGCUACCGGAAGAUCAAGAAGGUUCUCUGCAAAUUCCCUCAAAUCCGGGACCAGAUUUACGAUGAGAAGCAGAACACGGUGAUGAUAACGGUGGUGUGCUGCAGCCCUGAGAAGAUCAAGCAGAAGAUAUGCUGCAAGGCAGGGGAUACCAUUCUGGGCAUUGAGAUCAUCCCGGACAAGCCCAAACCGCCCGAAAAGCCCAAGGAGCCCGAAAAGCCCAAGCAGCCGGAGAAGCCCAAGGAGCCCGAGAAGCCCAAGCAGCCAGACAAGCCCAAGGAGCCGGAGAAGCCCAAGCAGCCCGAGAAGCCCAAGGAGCCGGAGAAGCCAAAGCAACCCGAGAAGCCCAAGGAGCCCGAGAAGCCCAAGGAGCCCGAGAAACCCAAGGAACCCGAGAAGCCAAAGCAGCCCGAAAAGCCCAAGGAACCCGAGAAGCCAAAGCAGCCCGAAAAGCCCAAGGAGCCGCCCAAGGGAAAGCCAGAUCCAUGCCCUCCGAUGCCUCAACCACCUUACGGAUAUCCACCUAUUUAUGGAGUUGGGAUAUGCUGUUGCCAACCAUGUUACACGGGGUGUGGCCCGUGCUGCCAUGGAUAUGGCAGGCCUCCCCCGAUGUGCUAUGACGGAUGGGGAAGACCAGCUUAUGAGUGCCAGGCGGGAAAUCCCAAUUAUUAUGUGAGUCGUUGCGACUACUUUAAUGAAGAAAAUGCCUCAGGAUGCACCAUCAUGUAAACAUGCUACUGAAGUAUUGAUGGGUACCCUUAUGAUGUCCAAGUAAAUUGCUCUGUCCAGACGUUGUAUACAGAAUAAUUCGGAGAAUUCGACAAUGUUGUUAGAUCGGUGCAGUAUAUUUAUAUAGGAAGAUGUGAGAAUUACAAGUGAAUAAUGUGGGGUGGAUUGGUAUAGGGUGGAUAGAAUUUUAUUACUCGAGUCAUGGAGUAUUUUGUAAGGUUAAUGUUAUUCAGUUCAACAAAAGUCUCUAUCAAAUCUUUUUUGUAUUUAUAUAGUGCGGUUGCUUUCAUUGCC